AUGAAUCGAGUUUUUCUGUCUGAGAAAAACGAAUAUAAAGAUCGACUAGCACUGAAAGUACUUGCAGCCGACAAGGUUCAAAUUCAGUUUGCCCCUAAUUCGCAAGACAUAACUAGUACAGGGUAUAAUUGGCUUCGUCAUCCAAAUCUAAGAAACCCAUCUCCUAAAUGUAUUCCUGAAAAUAAAGCACGUAACAUCUCUUCAGAGAUGGGCACAGUUCCGUAUACCCAAAAACAUAAUGGGACAAAUGUGAAUGGGAAUACAUACGAGCUUGAAAUGGUGGAGAUGAUGAUAGACGAAGAUGAGAAAAACAUCACUGACGAAGGCGUCGUGAUGGUAGAAUCUGUCGACGAGAGUGAGGAUGACAAUUUAUGGCACGAGGUUCAAAUGUCGAAAAAACUAGUUAUUCAAAAGAAAAUUGACGAAUACGUCAACUCGUUUACUGUUCACGGUUUAACGAAGGUAAUGACUGGCUCUAAAGUAGAAUCAAUAUUUUGGGCAAUAAUGUUGUUAGGAGGAAUUAUCUUAUCUAUAGUUAUUGUGCAUGGAUUAGUUUCAAAGUUUUUAAAAUUUGGUAUAUACACAGAAAUUCGUUCUCAAAUAACAGAUCAAAAUUAUUUUCCAAGUGUAACUUUUUGUGAGAAUCGUUUACUAAUUGACUCAUAUUUUUCAUACUGUGGUGUUCGCCCGAGAUCAAAACAUGCUCGAAGUAACGUGACAUGCAAACAUGAACAUAGAAUGCCAUAUAGAAAAAUUAAAAGCGAUAACUAUAAGUACUGGUAUAACGGACUUUUUAAUAUCACAAGAUGUGUGAGUUGGGGCGGGAAAAGGUGCGCGAGUAGCAAAUACUUUAAAUCCUUAAGGUAUUUUAAUCAUUCAUGCAUAACUUGGAAUUACGAAGGAACGAUGCAUGACAUUUAUAGCCACUUUGAAAUUGAUUUUACAUUCACGCCUCCAGCGUAUCUUGAUUCACCUGUUGAAAUUAUGGCCGUGCCACAUGAUCCGGAAAUAUAUGAAAUUGAUGUAACGAGUAAAGUUGAUCUCGCACCUCACAAACAAUAUGACAUUAAGCUUGACAAGACAGUGAUUAAACGCCUUCCAGCGCCAUAUCCAUCAAAUUGCAGUAGCAAAAAGACUGGUGAUAUAUUUCCAGGAACGUACACUAGACGAUCUUGUAUUGAAUCGCAAAACUAUAUUAAAAUGUUUAAAGAAUGUGGAGAUACAUUCGAUUACAUCAGGCAAUUUAUGCCUAAAGACAUUGUGCGCCGGUACCAAAGUAAUAUGACUAUUAGACAGACAGAAAUGUGUAUAUGGCAUUUUGGACAAGAAGAGGCAAUGAAAAGUAGGGAUUGUCCAUUUCCUUGUGAAGAUUUAGAUUUAGGGAUAUUAACAGCGGUUCAUGAAAAAAAUUCAAGGAGGAGGAAAGUCAACAAGUAUGUGUAUCAUGUAAGCAUACAAUACCAGCGCGUGGACACGUAUAAAAUCAUGGAAGAGAAAGAGUUAUAUUCAUGGGAUCAAAUGGCAUGUGAAAUUGGUGGACUAAUAGGACUUGUAAUAGGUGCGUCAAUUAUAUCAUUAGUUGAGAUAUUUGCUUAUAUUUUUCUACUUAUGUUCAAAAGAUUUGUGUAG